AAUCAAAUGUUUCAUUAUGAUAAAAUUAAAUCAUUGACAACAACAAUGACAAUGCCUCAUCAUUAUCCAUCACAUUUAAUGUUUUUUCCACCACCGCAACCACCAUCAGCAAGUUUAUCACAUUCAAUGCCAGAAAUAAUUUUGAAUGAUAAUAAAUUGAAAACAACAAUGGCAACAAAUCUUUCGAUUGAUCAACAACAUCGAAUGUACCAAUUGUUUUUGAAUUAUCAUCAUCAUCUGAUACGCCUACAACAUCAACAUCAUCAACAGCAACAGGAAAAAUUUUCAAUAAAUUUAAUGGAAAAAUUAAACAAUACAAAUCAUGUUGACAUACCGUUUGUGUCGGAAAAUCAGGGAAAAUUUCCAAAUGAAUCUACACGAUUUAUUCAAUCCGAAUUGAAAAAUUUCUUUAAAACAUCAUCCGACUUCAAUGAUAUUUCAGAAAAAAAUUUAGAAUCUUAUUCAAAUCAGAAAAAUUAUGAAGAUAAUAAAAUCAUUGGUGGUGAGGAAAUGGCAAUCGAUGUAAUACGAACAACACCAUCACCAUCACCAUCUGAAUCCGAAUCGGAUCCAUUAGCUGAAAAUCUAUCUGCAACAACAGCAACCAUAUCAACAACAAACAAUAAUGAAAAAUCAAAUUCCGACAUGAAACGACGACGAACUUGUUUUAGUUCGGAACAAUUGUUAGAAUUGGAAAAAGAAUUUCAUUCUAAAAAAUAUCUUUCAUUACGUGAACGAGCUCAUUUAGCGGAUGUUUUGGAUCUAACUGAAUCACAGAUAAAAAUAUGGUUUCAAAAUCGUCGUGCCAAAUGGAAACGUGUUAAAGGUCAAAUGGCGACAGAAAUAAAUCAAGCAUUACAAACACCGGUAGCAUUAUUCAAUAUGAAACAUUCUAAUCAUCAUUCUAAUCAUUUUAAUGUACAAUCAACAUCCACUUCUUCAUCACCCGCAUCAUCAUCGUCAUCAAUAUCAUCAAACAAUUCCAAUUCAUCAUCAUCAUUAUUAUUAAUGUCAUCGAAUCGUGAAAAUUCUAGCGAAACAACAACAAAUUCAAAUACGAAUAUUGGACAUAAAAUUCAUGUUCCAAUACCGGUACAUGUUGAUCGAAUACUGUUGCGUGGUCAACAACAACAAUAUGAAAAAAGAAUGCAACAAAAUGGAGUUCGUAUAACAGCUAAAUCACAGGUACCGAAUCAAACAUCGUUACUGCCACCACCACCACCACCGCAAAUAACAACACCAUUCGAACAAACAUUGGAACCAGAUUCUGUUGGUGUUAUAAUGAAUGAUUCGAUUAGUAACAAAACAACAACAAUAACAACAGCAGCAGCAGCCAAAAUUACAUUAUCAUUAUCACCAAAUUCAGCAUUUCAAGCACCGUUAAUCAAUCAAAAACAACCACAACAAUCAAAACGAUUAUUACGACGAACUGAUAGUAAUGGUAAUAGAUUACGAACAUCAUUAUUACCAUUAUCAUUACAACAAUUAACACAUUCAUUUGCAUUAGCACAUCAUCGAUCAUUAUCAUCAUCAUCAUCCUUUUUUUCUCAUUUUCUUUCGUAUGAUACGCCUAUUUCAUGUAAAUUCAUUUAA